CUCGCUAGCUGUAAGCCUGUAACCUGCCGAAGCCAACUCGUCUUCUUCUCGACGUUGUCUUCUUCUAUCCCCUGCGUCUUGUUCCCAUAUCCCCAAGCAACCGAGCGUUCCACCGACCAGCCGGACAGUACUCGUCAGGAUUUCAUGGCCCACGGCACCGUCCUCCUCCCCAGUCCCGCCGUUUGAACUCCGACUCACUGACGCCGUGCUGACCUGCAAGGCUGCAACGAACGACUCGAGCAGGGAACACUCUCCCCACGGCCAUGGCGGUGGUCGUGGCGGCGCGUCGCGCGACUCCCCUCGUCCUGCUCUUCCUCGUCUCCGCGUCCUUGUUCCCGGCCGAUGCAUCAGCGGCGGCGGCGGGGCCGGGGGCGAACUUGUCCUUCGUGCUCGCGGCGGAGAAGACGCAUCGGAAGGAUCCCCUCGACGCGCUGAGGUACUACACCGGCGGGUGGAACAUCAGCAACGAGCACUACUGGGCCUCGGUCGGCUUCACCGCGGCGCCGGUCUUCGCGGCGGCGGGGGUCUGGUUCGUCGUCUUCGGCAUUGCGCUCUUCCUCGCGGGCUGCUGCUUCUGCUGCUGCCCGGGCGGCGGCGCCUCCGACUCGUACUCGCGCGCCUGCCUCGUCGUCUCGCUCCUGCUCCUCCUCGUCGCCACGGCCGCCGCCGCCGUCGGGUGCGCCGUGCUGUACGACGGGCAGGGCCGCUUCCACGGCACCAUGGCGGCGACGGUGGACUACGUGGUGCGGCAGUCGGGCGACACGGUCGCCAACCUGCGGAGCUUCACGGGCUUCCUCGAGACCGCCAAGGCCGCCGGCGUGGGGCCCGUCACGCUGCCCGACGAUGUCAAGGGGAGGAUCGACGACGUCGUGCGCAACGUGGGCGCGGCCGCCGACGUGCUCGCCGCCCGCACGUCCAGCAACGCUGCCAAGAUCCGCGCCGCCCUGGAGACCGUAAGGAAGGUUCUGAUUGUCGUCGCAGCGGCGAUGCUAAUCCUUGCUUUUCUUGGCCUUGUGUUCUCGCUUUGUGGAUUGGAAUCGGUUAUCUACGUGUUGGUGUUUUUCGGGUGGAUCCUGGUUGCAGGAACCUUUGUCCUCUGCGGUACUUUUCUCCUCCUUCACAACGUGGUCGGUGACACCUGCGUGGCGAUGGGCGAGUGGGUGGCGCACCCGCAGGCGCGCACGGCGCUGGACGACAUCCUGCCGUGCGUGGACACCGCGGCGGCGACGGAGGCGCUGGACCGGAGCAAGGAGGUGAACUACCAGCUCGUCGCCGUGCUCAACGGCGCGCUGGCCAACGUCUCCAACCGCGACUUCCCGCCGGGGACACCCCCGCCACUCAACUACAACCAAUCCGGCCCGCCCGUGCCGCGGCUCUGCAACCCCUACACGCCGGACCUCCGCGACCGCGCCUGCGCGCCCGGCGAGCUCACCCUCGACGCCGCGCCGCAGGCCUGGCGGCGCUACGUGUGCGCUUCAACCACCACGGACGCCGCGUCGGGGGCGGAGGUGUGCGCGACGCCCGGCCGCGUCACGCCGUCCAUGUACGACCAGCUCGCCGGCGCGGCCAACGUGAGCUACGGGCUCUACCACUACGGGCCGGUGCUGGUGGACCUGGCGGACUGCACGUUCGUCAGGGAGACGUUCGGGUCCAUCGGCGGCGACCACUGCCCGGGCCUGCGCCGGUACAGCGGGCAGGUGUUCCGGGGCCUGCUCGGCGCCGCCGUCGCCGUGCUGCUGGCGGUGCUGCUCUGGGUCGUGCACGCGCGGGAGCGGCGGCGGAGGAGCGAGGCCAGGGAGCUCCUCCUGGCGCCGCCGCCGUACAAGUUCCCCGUGGAGGAGAGGGCGUUUCUCAAGAGCCCGGCGAGGCAGUACAUGUGAAGAUGAAUCGCAUGUAGCAUCAGCUAGCUUGAUUAGGCUCGUAUUAUACUUAUACCUGUACAUUGCAUUCAAGUCGUCGGCAUUAGUGUUUUAUGUACGAAACACUAUGCAAUUUCGAUAAUUCUGGCGACUACAUUAUACAGUGAUUCUAUAGUACAAAAUUUCUCCGAAGAGAGAACAUCAUCAUCACCGGUACUCUUGCUGAGAGAAUGGUGCGGUUUGCAAGGGGACCU